GGAAUCAGCGCCUCUCGUUUUGACUUGACGAACCAUCUCCUUUAUCGAUGUUUCAGAGAACGUGAAUAGUUCGGAAAUAAACAUCAAAUAAUUCUUAGCCAUGGUGCGAAUGAAUGUAUUGAGUGAUGCCUUAAAAUCUAUAAACAAUGCUGAGAAGCGAGGCAAGAGACAGGUACUCAUCCGGCCUUGCUCCAAAGUAGUGGUAAAAUUCCUGACUGUGAUGAUGAAACACGGUUAUAUUGGAGAAUUUGAAAUUGUAGACGACCAUAGGAGUGGGAAGAUAGUAGUUAAUUUAACAGGAAGAAUCAAUAAAUGUGGAGUAAUUUCACCUAGGUUUGAUGUGCCCAUUACACACAUUGAAAAGUGGACGAAUAAUUUACUCCCCUCACGUCAGUUUGGAUAUGUCGUAUUGACUACUAGUGGUGGCAUUAUGGACCAUGAAGAAGCUAGAAGGAAACACUUGGGAGGCAAAAUCCUCGGAUUCUUCUUCUAAUGUGAAGUUAUUUAAUAAACUUUAUUAAAAAAAUCCAUGUUUCGAACUAA